AAAGAAAGCAUCAAGCAAAUGUGACUACAAAUUCCCUUGCACCUAAAGUUCUGGCGCGUCCACUGCCAGGUUUCCAUUUCUAGUACUCUUUGUAGUCUUGUUUUCUCCUUGCAGGCUUGCACUUUCCGUCUAAUAAUACUCUCCAAAACAGGGUAAAAGAAAAAAAAAGUGCCAUGUAAUUAUCCGCCUUGCUAUAUAUCCAUGCCUAAAAUCACCAAGUUCUAUAGUUUCUUCUGGGUCUACUUCAAUUUGAUGAACCCAAUUUUUCUUCUUGGUUGAAGUUUUUGUUGCCACUAGGAACUUUUAAUUUUGUGUUUUUUUGCUAUUGUCUAUUUCACUCUCCCAAUUUAGUGGGUAAUUGAGAUGGAGGAAUAUCCUCAGUUGCUGAAUUUGAUGACCCAGAAGAAAGAAGAGGACAGAAAAUUGGAGCUAAGGCUUGGUCCUCCAGGAGAGGCACUCCUUGGGUGCAAAAAUGGACCAAAAAGAGCAUUUCAACACACUGUUGAACCAAAGAAUGGAGAAAAUCCAUCUUCUCUGGCCUUUUGGAGGGAGACUCAGAAGGACAAACAAAAUUCCAGCCCCUCAAUCUCCAACAAGCUUUCUGCCAUGGCAGAGGAAUCUUCACAGCACACAGAUAAAAAGCCAAAUACUUUCCGUGAAAGAACAAUGGCAUGUGCUCCAGUGGUCGGUUGGCCGCCAAUCAGGUCAUCCAGAAAAAAUCUCACCGGAAACAACAACUCUUCAUCAAAACCAGCAUCAGAACCACCAAAAACCCUGAAGAAGAAAAAAGACGAAAAUAUUGAGAGAAAUCAGUUUGUAAAGAUCAAUAUGGAAGGGAUCCCAAUUGGAAGGAAAGUAAACCUUCAAGCCUACAACAGCUAUGAGGAACUCUCUGUUGCCAUAGACCAACUCUUCAGUGGUCUUCUAGCAGUUCAAAGAGAUUCUUCUGCCACUCAAGAUGGAAGCAAAAUAGAAGAAUCAAAAACAAGGGAAGAAUCCCUGGCUGGAAAUGGAGAAUAUACUCUGGUUUAUGAAGAUGAUGAAGGAGACAGGAUUCUUGUUGGGGAUGUGCCAUGGGAUAUGUUUGUGUCGAGUGCAAGGAGGCUGCGAGUAUUGAAAAGCUCUGAACUUUCAUGAAAAAAGGGUGUAAUUAUGAAAGGGAAAACUGGAAAGCUGCCUAAUUUUUGCUUGGUUGAUUGAGCUGUGGCUGUAGAAAUGAUGGGAAAUUUUGGCUGCUUACAUUUGGGAGCUGUGAGGAAGACAAGACAAGACACCACUUGAUCCUGCCGUGAUAAUUGAACUAAUUUUCUCAUCCUUCGUCGAGUUUUGUCAAAUAUUCCAUUUUAUUUCUAGGAAAAUUUGAAAUGUUUUCAGAAUCUUCAGCCUUUUUGUGUUUGUAUAAUAAUUUUGUGAAUGUGUGGAUAAAGUAGGUGUUUGCUU